UAAUAAUAGUAUUAUUAAUCAUUAUAAAAUAGAUAGAUAGAUAGAUAUUUUUAAAAUCAAAUAAUAAAAUAGAAUAUUUUUUCUAUAUAAAUUUAAUAAUAUAUAAAGAAAUACAUUUGAUGAAAACAAUAUUUACUACUGUAUACCCAACAAAAUAUUAAAUACACACGUACUACACAUGCACAUUAUUACACAUUAAAAUAGUUUAUUAUAGCAUUAGGGUAUAUUAACAUGUAAUUUUUUUUUUUAUUAUUAAUAUUUUUAUAGAAUAGAGUCACUUUAAUUUUUUUUUACUUAUAAUAAUAAUAUUUAUAGAAUUUUUUUUAUUAUUUUAAUAUAUAAUAUCUAUUAAAGACAUCAUAUGAAUAUAAUAAUACAAACACAACACAAAACAAAAAAUAAACUAUAAAUUUUGUUUUUUUCUUUUUUUUAUUAUUUAUUUAUUUAUUUAUUUAUUUAUUUAUUUUUUAUUUUUGUAAUAUAAUUAAUAAUAAAACUUUUUAAAAAUUAAAAAUUAUCACACUCGCUUUAAAUUUUAUUUUAUUUUAUUUUAUUUUGUUUAUUUUUUUAGAUUAAUAGUAAUCAUAAACUAAAAAUAAUAUCAUAAAUCAUAAAAUCAUCAAACGUACAUACACAUUUAACAACACAGAUCACACACACACUAAAUUUAAUAAUUUAAAAAAAUCUUUUAAAAUCACCUCACAUAAAAAUUAUUUAAUAAAAAUAGAUUAAUCAAAGAAUAAACAAAUAAACUGAUUAAUGAUAUUAAAAUUUCAAUUUAUAUAACAGCAAAAAAGAAAAAAGUGUAGUUUAGAAUUUUAAUUAGAAACAACAAGAUCAAAAUAAUAUAUAAAAAAAAAAAAAAGAAAUGUCAAGAGUAUCAUGCAAACAGCCUACUAAUAAAAUAUUGGCGAGAAAAACACUUCACGCCACUACCACACACUCUUCACCAAUUGUUUCAAAGAAUUCACACAGACAUUGGUGUAUAGUUAAAGUUCAAUCUGUAAUAAGAAGGUGGCUAGCAGUAAAUAGAUAUAAAAAAAUGUUAUUGGAAUUUAAAAAACAAAAAAAACAAAAGAAGCUUGAAAAAGAAAAAUUAGAAAAAUUAGAGAAAGAGGAACAACAAGCCUCAGCUGUUAUCAAUUAUUCAGGUGUAUGCAAUGGUAGCGAUAAUAAUAAUAACAGUGGUGGUACAAUUAGUGAUAACGAUAGUAGUAUAGAUGAUAAUGAUCUUUUAAAUAAAAGUAUUCAAUCUUCUUCCUCUUCCUCUUCUUCCUCUUCUUCUUAUGGAGACAUAGUUAUUAAUAAUAAUAAUAAUAAUAAUAGUAGUAAUAAUUUAGUAGAAAUUUCGGUUCCAUGUUCUUCAUCACCACAAUCCUCAUCAUUAUCAACUGCAUCAUCAUUAGACGAUGAUAUUGGUAAAUUAUCAAUCGACGAAAAACAAUCCUCAUCACCAGAACCAGAACCACAACCAGAAUCUUUGACACCACCACAGCAACAAGAUGAAAAAGAAGAGGCUGAACUAUUGGCAGAAGAAGAAAAAGAAAAAUUAGAAAAAUUAGAAGAAAAAACAACCAAUAAUAGUAAUAGCAAUAAUACUAGUAAUACCAAUAACAAUAAUAAUAAUAAUAAUGGAACUAAUAAAAAAAUACCAUUAAAUUCAAGAUCAUCAUCAACUAUCUCAAUGUCAUCGUCAUUAUCAUCAUCAUCAUUAUCAUCAUCAGUAUCAGAUUCAUCAGCAUCAUUAUCAUCAUCAAUUAGUUCAAGUCAAGAAAAAUCAUCACCACACUACCUUAGAAAGAGAACUUUAGAUGAAAUGUUACGUGUUGAAAGAGGUUAUGUUCAAGAUAUGACCACAUUGAUCGAUGUUUUUUUAAAACCAUUCAGAGACGAAGAGAAUUGCUUCCCAAAACACCAUUUAUAUACCCUAUUUUGUAAUAUUGAGGACUUAAGGGAUCAUCACCAACGUUUCCUCGAUGAUAUGGAAAAGAAAUUCGAGCCAACCAAUGGAAAACCAGCCGAUUUAAAUAUAGGUGAUCUCUUUUUACCUUUUAUGGGUAGUUUCCAAAAGCUAUACGAAAUUUAUAUAAACAAUUAUGAAAAAGCAUUCGCAUUGACCCGUUAUUUCAAAAUUAAUCCAAAUUUCCAAGAGGUUCAAAAAUUAAUCUAUCAAAAAGAAAAAGAUCCACGUUGCCGUCAUUUGGAUUUUAACAGUUUUUUAGUUAUACCGGUCCAACGUUUACCUCGUUAUAUUGUAUUAUUAAAAGAGAUUGAAAAGAAUACACCAACCGAUAUUAUGGAUUACAACUUUAUAGCGCUCUCUUUAGUUCAGCUUCAAGAUUUAACUUUAUAUUUGAACGAAUCCAAAAGAAAAUCAAGUAAUUCUGAAAAGAUUGAAGAUAUUAAAAAUACUGUAUUUGCUGCCAAUCCAAUUAUAGGACAUUCAAAAUAUGUAAUGGAAGGUCAACUAUCAUUAUUAAAAGGUGUAGUGGCAUCAACUAAAAAAGAUUUAUAUAUUUAUUUAUUCAAAGAGUGUAUAUUAUGUACUGAAGUUAAUCCAAAUUAUGGUGUCAGUAAUAGUAGUAAUUUAGCAAACAGUAAUAGCAGUAGUAAUUUGGGCAAUAGUAAUAAUAAUUCACCAACCAAUUUAACACCAAAAAAGAAUACAUUUUUAACACUUUCAACCUCAUCAAAAUCAUCGACCUCAACAACAUCACCAGCAUCCAUAUCACCCAACAGCACCUUAACAAAUUCAGUCGCAUCAAGUGUCUCAUCUAGUGGUACUCCUCCAAUUCACAAUGGAAAUUACCAAAGAAUUAUUUUUAAAACUAUAUUUUUCUCUGAUGUAAAAACAAUAUCGUUACUCAAAAACUUUAAAGACUCUUUCCAAGUGGUUACCUCAAAGAAAGUUUACACUUUUGUUGCAACUUCUUCUGAUAGAGAAAGAUGGGUAAAUUCUAUGAAUGACUGCAUUUCAAAUAUAACACCUCCUCCAUCACCAACAAUGUCAAGAUCCAAUAGAUUCUCUGUUCAAUUACCAAGUUCAUUAUCUCCAACAUUAAAAAAAAAAAAUAGAAAUUCUGUACAGUUAUCAAAUUCUCAAAAUUCAUAAUAAUAUUUAAAAAAAAAAAAAAAAAAAAAAAAAAACAACUUUAAUUAUAUUUUAUAUUAUUUUAAUAUAAUAUAAAAAUAAAUUAAUAGCGUAAAUAAUGUAAAUAAUAAAGUAAAUAAAUAAAUAAAUAAAAUUAUAUUUAAUUAUCAAUAUAAU